UAAAUGGCAAUAAUUGAUCACAUUGGAUGAAUAUUAUAACAUUAAAGAAACGACUCCAUCUCGGAGUCUGAGAAGUCUUUGUUUGAUAAUUAAGUCCCAUUGGAUGAUUAAUAUUAUAACAUUGGUUCAACAUUCAAGUUUUCACACUCUCUAUUGUUUUUUCUCUCUCAAUCUCUGACUCCUGUGUGGUAAUAUCCAUGGCUGAACUUGUGAUUGGUGCUCUUCUCUAUGCUUCUUUUGAUUUUUUGCUUGAAAAGGUUGCUUCUCCUUAUGUUGAGGACCUCUUCUUUAAGGGAAAAAAUGAAAGUUCAUCUGUUGUUUCUGAGAGGCUUUUCAAGUUGAAGUCAACCUUCAAUUCUCUUGCUGCGGUUCGCUUUGAGGUGGAGAACAAGAGAAUCAAAAACCCUGCUGUGGAGAAGUGGCUGGACGAUCUUCUGGAUGCUGUUGAUGAUGCUGAGGACUUCUUUGGUGAUAUUGAAUACGAUGCUAUGAAACCCAACAAAGAUGAUGAGUUAAAGAAAGAAAAACGAAAGGCAAUUAGUAAGUUACUCUCUUGUUUCUCUAAACCUUCUACUUCAACUGACCGUGUAAGGAAUGCAAAUAUGGAGAAGAUUCUCAAGAGGUUGGAGUGCUUAGCCAAUCAGAUUGGAAACUUGAAUCUUGAAAAGAAUGUUGUCGAGGUGCAACCAUCAGGAGGUUCACGUGUGAAGACUUCUCUCCCAGAUGAACCUGAACUUUAUGGUAGAAAGACUGAUGAAGAUGCUUUAAUGAAGUUGUUGAUGUCGGAUGAAGAUAGUAGUGAGAAGAUAUGUGUCAUUCCCAUAGUGGGGAUGGGUGGGAUAGGGAAAACUACCCUCGCUCAAACACUUUUCAAUGAUGAACGAGUGAAGAAGAAGUUUGAAUCUAGAGCCUGGGUGUAUGUUUCAGAUAAAUUUGAUUCCACGGCUGUGACAAAAAAUCUCCUUCAAGAAUUAGCACCGAGUGAUGCUGGUAAUGACAUGACUUUAAAUUUACUUCAAGUUAACUUGUCAAAUAAGUUAAUGGGAAAGAAGUUUUUGAUUGUCUUAGACGAUGUUUGGGAAGAUGAUUAUGCGCAGUGGACAGAAGUGAUGAAGCCUUUUAACGGUGGAGCAAAAGGCAGCAAAAUAAUAGUAACAACAAGAAAUGGAAAAGUUGCAGAUAUCAUUCAAACUACUGAUACACACCAGCUUAGAGAAUUAUCAGAAGACGAGUGUUGGGCACUAUUUGUGAAACACGCCUCUAGUGGAAACUCUAGAAAGUUUACUGAGAACCCAAAUUUAGAAAGGAUCGGUAGAGAAAUUUCCAAGAAAUGUAAUGGUUUACCUUUAGCUGCUAAAGUUCUAGGAGGCAUCUUGAGAUCAACGUUGGAUGUAGGGAGAUGGGAACAAAUAGCAACUAAUAAUAUUUGGGAGUUGACACAUGAAAGGAGUGAGGGCCUUCCCGCUGCUUUAGAAGUGAGCUACUACUAUCUUCCACUACACUUGAAAAGGUGUUUCGCUUUUUGUUCAAUAUUCCCAAAAGGCUAUCAAUUUCAAAGAGAAGAGUUGGUCUUAUUAUGGAUGGCUGAAAAUCUUGUCAUGCGCUCCAAGGGGAAUAGAAGAAUUGAAGAAGUUGCCGGUGAGUACUUUGAUGAUUUAGUAUCUAUGUCAUUUUUUGUAAAAUCCAAGGAGAUGGGUAGAUCUUAUUUUGUGAUGCAUGAUCUUCUUGUGGAUUUGGCUAAAAUUGUUUCUGGAAAGUAUAGUUCUUUAUUAGAGCACAAUGAUGACAUUGUUAAGUUUGAGAAGAAGACACGUCGCCUUGGAUGUGACAUAAAAAUUUAUACUGAUAACAAAAUAUCAAAAUGUGAUUUUGAACCUACUCAUUUGCGAACCUUUUUAACAUUGGGUCCAACCUUUUUAACAUUGGGUCCAAGAUAUUCUGAAAUCAGUAUAUCUAAGGAAGUAAUGCAGAAUCUGCUAUCGAAAUUUAAAUCUUUGAGAGCUCUAUCUUUUUGUGGUCUUCAAAUGACUGAGUUCUCUGACUCAAUUGGUGACCUAAAGCAUCUUCGCUAUUUAGAUCUUUCCAAGACUAAGAUUGUGAUGCUGCCUGAAUUUGUAACUAUGUUGUACAAUUUGCAAACAUUGAAGUUAAAAGAUUGUGAUCAUCUUCAAACUUUGCCAAAAGAUAUGCAUCAUCUCAUUAAUUUGAGACAUCUUAUUAUUAGUGGUUCUAGCCUUGUUGAGAUGCCAAGUCAAAUAAGUAAGUUGACGAAUCUCCAAAUAUUGACAACUUUUGUUGUGGGGAAGGAUAGUGGCGCGAAAAUAGAAGAAUUGGCAGAACUUCAAAGUCUACACGGAGAGCUUUCUAUUAAGAAGUUAGAAAAUGUGGUCAAUAUUACAAAAACACCGGAUCAAGUUAUUGUACUGGAGAAGAAGCAACUCGAGAAUUUGAGGUUGGAAUGGAAUGUUAAUGAUGUUGUUGCUGUUGUUGAUCCAAAACAUGGAGAAGGUGUGCUUGAAAUGCUUUCACCUAAUAGAACUUUGAAACAGCUUCAGAUUUCGAGGUACACGGGCAAAAUAUUUCCAAAUUGGGUUGGGAAUGAUUCGUUUAGCAACAUUGUUGGAGUAACUCUCUAUGGGUGUGAGCACUGCUCCUAUUUGCCACCCUUUGGGCAACUUCUUUUGCUAAAACAUCUUUCCAUCUCCAAAUGCAAUUCGGUAGUGACGGUGGGUGCUGAGUUUUACGGGAAUUGUACUGCGAGAAAGCCAUUUUCAUCAUUGGAAACAUUAAUCUUCAACGACAUGUCAUCAUGGGAGCAAUGGAAUUCAAUGCAAACUGAAGAGGCAACAACAUAUGGGAAGCUCAAAACACUUGAGAUUAAUGAUUGUCCUAAGCUUGUCGUAGAUUUGCCUGGCUUGCUUCCUUCAUUGAUAAGGAUUAAAAUUAAAGGUUAUCCAUUAUUAAGUCUCCCAAGAUUACCACGUGUCACAGAAAUGUCUGUUGCGAAUUUGGAGAAUUCAGAGUUGUUGUACGAGGCAAUAAAGCCAAUGAAUCCUUGUUCCACUCUCACUCCACUCUACCAUUACCCUCCUCUUCAACACCUGACUUUGUCCAAUUGUGGAUCAUCGUUUAGAUCCCUCCAUAUGGAUUUAUUUCCCAAUCUCAAAUUUCUGGAUAUUGCCUCCAGCGACUACUUUGAAGCUAUCACAGUGUCAGAUGGGAAAUCUCUGGAGGAACUAACAUCAUUAUAUAUCGUCAAUUGUGAUAGUUUUGUAUCUUUCCCAAAUGGUGGACUUAUUGCUCCCAAGCUGAAUUACUUAAGCAUUGUUAAUUGCCCUAAAUUGAAGUGGUUGCCAGAGAAGAUGACUUCCCUCUCAUCUUUAGAGUCCUUGACAAUCGAUGGUUGUCCGUUGAUAAAGAGUUUCCCUGAAGGUGGUCUGCCUGUUAGUUUGUCUAGUCUUUGUAUAUCGUAUGGUCAACUUUUGAGGAUGAAAUGGAAUUGGCAAACAUUACCCCAUCUUACCACUCUUCGUAUUAAUGGAUAUGGAAUAGAAGAAGAUGUGGAAUCAUUCCCCAAGGAAGGGCUACUGCCUAACACUAUUACCUAUCUUGAAAUCUCGUCUUUUAGAAGACUUAGAGGGCUGGACAAAAAUGGGCUUACACAACUCACCUCCUUGCAAACACUUUACAUCAGAAACUGCCGUGAGUUGGAGACAUUGUCAGAAGAAGGGAAGGAAGGAGGUAGCUUCCAUGGCAUGACACAAGCAGUGUUGUGUUGGUGUUAG